AUGUCAAGAAUCAUAGCUGAAGAAAUAGACUAUGAUACUGACAGUCUGAGAAGAUCAAGCGUAGAGGUUCAUGAUACCUUGAACAUUGAACAAAGACAUGUAUAUGAUAUGGUAGUAAAUGCGGUUUUCAUUGGAAACUCUGAGCACAAGAUUUUCGCCCUGAGUGUAAGCAGUGGAACUGGGAAGACAUACUUGAUAAAUGCCAUAAUAGAUUUUCUUCGCUCGGAGAAGAAAGUCGUACUCGCCACUGCUCUUUCUGGCAUUGCAGCUACCUUACUCCACAAUGGAACGCUUCACUCUCGCUUCAAGAUUCCCUUCAACAUCACUCCUGAAUCCACUUGCCAGGUGUCUGACCAACAUGCAAGUGCACAGCUCUUCAGGAUGAAAGACUUGAUCAUAAUUGAUGAAGUCAGCCAAGGUGACAAACUGUUAUUCGAAUGUUUGGAUCGAUCAUUGCGUAACAUUAGGAAGAAUCAAGAGUUGUUUGGAGGAAUCUGCGUUCUGUUUGUAGGUGACUGGAAGCAAAUUCUUCCCGUUGUGAAACACGGAAGUCGAGCACAGAUAGUCAACGCAACCUUGAAGACAUCAUACAUCUGGAAGUCAGUAACAGAACUGAAACUAUCACUCAACAUGAGAGUUCGCAAUCCAUCCGAUGCCACCUUUGCGUCUUAUCUCAGAGACAUAGGAUCAGGGAACUGUUCGUACAUUGAGCCUCCGAGAAAUAUGAUUGAAGUUCUCCCUGAAUUUGUGCUAGAAUCCUCUUCUAUUUCUGAUACUUGCAAGUUUGUCUUUGAUGGAUUAAGUGAAAGUUAUGCGGACCCGUCGUGGCUAUGUUCGCAAGCUGUAAUAGCUUCAACCAAUGAAGUCGUCAAUAGUGUCAACGAGCACAUGAUCAACAACUUCCCCGGUGAAAGUCGCGAAUAUUUCAGCUCGGACACAAUAGAAGAUGAAAAUUAUCAUCAAUAUCCGCAAGAUUUUUGA